UUUCCCAGCCUUUAUUGGCCAUCGUCGUCGACGAACCGAAACCUUUCCUUCUCUUACCUCCAUGUAUCUCUCUGUUUUCUAAUUUUCUUACAUUCACAGGCCUAGAUUUUUCCAAAAUGAACUGUUAAUCUCGGAGAAGAUUUUCGUUUGACGAGAUUGGAAUCGUUUUUUUCUCUCUAAAUUUGGAAAUUUUGCUCUUUUUGGGUGUCGAAAUCGGAUCUAUUUCUCGCUCCUCCAUACUAGCUUUUGUUAAUUUGUUAGUAACAUUUUGAAUAGCCCAAGCACGGCGGUGUUUCAGAAUGGCAACGAGUUUUGAUCGGUGGGAGAAGGAUCCCUUCUUUUCUGCGGCUGAGGAAGUUCAAGAAUCCGCGGACAGGAUGGAAUCGACAUAUAGAACAUGGAUGCACGCUAAGAAAGACGCUUCUAGUAUGUGGGACGCUGAGGAACUUCGCAGGGAUCUCCGAACUGCCCUUGGGACUACCAAAUGGCAGUUAGAGGAGUUUGAACGGGCAGUUAGGUCAAGUUAUGUUAGAAGCUCAAAUGAUGACGCAAAGGACAGACACCGAGAGUUUAUUAUUGCCAUUGAGAACCAGAUUUCGAACGUUCAAAAUUCGUUAAAGGAACAUUCUCUCUUACAGGGAAAGCCUCCUCUGCCUUGGGUUCGUUUGGAUGAAGGAGAACGAAAUGAGCUGGCACUGUUUCUUUCAGGUCCUCCGAAGGCUGCAGACAAAAAUCCUGUUAAAAGUUGUGGCUGGGACAAUGAAAGACUUCAAGCAUUAGAUAAAGAAUCCGCACUAGAGUGUUCGAAGAGUUCAACCCGCUCUGCUGAGAGGGGUUCCCAGGACACUAGGGAGGAAAAGUCACUGGAGGUCGAGAAGUUGCACGGGCACAGGAGGACGGCUAGUGCUAGUGCCGACAUUGGUGCAUGGAAAAUUAAAGUAUUUGAUGAUAGUUUCGCACCUAGUUCGUCAAACCAGCUACGUGACCAACCCGUGCGGAAGAUACCAAGUUUGUCUGGGUUCCUUAGUUCCAUGGAAUCAGCAUCCGGUUUAAAGUGUUCAAAGAAUGGUUUCAGGAAGUGGAAGGCAACUGAUAGUCAUCAGGAAGCUGAUAUUGAAUUGCUACGACCUACGCAGUUGACUAAGGGCAUUAAUGCAUGCUAUGAAAGAAGCAAGAGUUGUUUGGAUAGUUGCGAUGAUUGCUAUGAAAAACAACUUUAUGGCUGGUAUGGUGCUAUUCAGAGACAGCUUCAAAGAUCUCAGUAUCAGAUGCAAUAUAGCCGCCCUGUUCAAAUAGCCAUUUGGGUUAUCCUUCUUCUUUGCUUGAUUGUUUUAGUUUUGUUGCGAGCAGUGUGAGGCAGGCGUCAUCCUUGGUUUAGUUCAAGGCGAUAUGCGGGCACGGAAUUUUCAGGAGUAGGAUAUCUCUUGAUAGAGAUAGGUUGGUGUUUUCAUGCUUUUUCUUGCGUGUAGGAUUUAUUAGCACGUCCUCACUUGAUAGGGAGUUAAGCUUCCGCCUUCAUUGAUUAUUUCUUUUUACUGUUUCUCCUGUUUCCUUGUGCAAUACCAAUUUCUUUGAUCAAGGGUAAUACCAUUUUAGUCAUAGAUGAUGUAGCAGAGAAACCAGGGAAACGCUUGUAAGCAAAGUAUCACACCAAUUUGCUGUACAAGUACUGGAAUUACUGUAGUGUGCGGAAUUUGAGAUCUUCCCUUAAGAUCUCCCUUAAAUUUAUUUAUUUAUUGCCAAAAAGAACUUUUGUUACUGUAUAAGUAUGUAAAUCAGUAUGGAAAUGGCGCAAUAUUUUCGUUAUGCAA